UCAUUGGUGUUUUGAUAUUGAAAUGACUAAUUUGUUGACAAGUAUUCUGAGUUUUCCAAUUUUAAUCCUACUUAUUAAUGUUGAAAUUCUUUGAAGUACGUCUAUUUUGAUAACGUAGCGAUAAAAUAAUCCGCAAUGAUUAUUUUGAUCCGGUGACAUCUAUUACUUGACGUGAUAACUGUAUGCAUUGUGAUAUUUUAUAUUUGAUAUUUAAUGGGUUGUGCUGUAUCAGGUAUCCAGCCCAUAAUGUCUUUGUUCGGCCGACAUUCUAGUAAUUCUCAGGAUAAUCGAGCAAAGCUGGAAAGAAAACUAUACCUAGCUAGAGAAUCGCCAGAACCCGAUUUCGAUUUAUCUGACUGUCAGAUACGCCGCUUGCCUACUGGUAUAUUCUCGAUAUGCAAAGUAUUUAGAAAAGACUAUUUAUAUCUUCACAAUAACAGCUUGCAAUCGCUUGAAGAUGGAGGGCAGUUAUCAGAUCUCCAAUUGAUUAAAGUUUUGAAUUUAAGUAAUAAUCACUUCUCACGUUUACCUAACAAUAUAAGAUAUCUGGUAAGUUUGACAGAAUUAUACCUUCAAAACAACUAUCUCGAAUCUCUACCAGAAGGAAUAAAGUUUUUAGAAUGUUUACAAGUUUUAGAUGUCUCAAAUAAUAAAUUGAGAAGUUUGAUUUCAGUGUUGGGUAAUUUAAAGUGUCUGCGAGUAUUAAAAAUCUUUGAUAAUAGGAGUUUAAAUAAGCUGUGUCCAGAACUAUGUUUCGCUACAAAUUUGCUUUCAAUUGAACUAGAUGGUAAGAAUUUUAUCUAUCCACCUGCAGAAAUAACUACUAAAGGGACAGCUGAAAUUAUGAAAUACUUGUGUUUAGAAAUGAAUGUUGAAUAUACAACACCUAUUCAUGUUAAUUCAAAUAUUUCACCAACUCAAACUCCAAGCACCAAUUACAAUGUUUUUGAGAAACAAGUAAGCAUUACAUGGGAGGAACAAGAAGCUAAAAUGAUUGAGCAGGAAAAUAAAAUACAUAAAGCAAAUCAGGUGCAGAGAGAAAAGUUUUUAUCAAAGUUUUUAAAGGAGCAGCAAGAUUUAGACAGUGAAAUAGCUAAAGUACAAGGAAUCAGAGAUAUUGAAAGACAGAAACUAAUGAGAUCUAUACAGAAAGAAGAAGAAGACAUAGAGUGCUUGGUUAAAAACUUUAUCCAGGUUGAUAGGCUCAAACCAGAAGUUGUUCAACAGCAACUUGCUUAUGAACAAGCAGAGCAUAAUCGUUUGCUUGAAAUUACUAGGCAAAAUUAUGAUAAUGUGCGAAGAGCUGAUAUUUUAAUUGCAAUGGAGAAACUAAUAGAAAAUGAUUAUCAUAUUCAAUACCACAAGAAAAAUUACAUGGAUGAUCUAAAUAACAUCAAGCAAAGUUUACUAUCACAAGAGUCAGAGGGUACACAAAAACUAGUGCAACUAUUAAAUGCUAAAGAUGAAUCUCGGACAGUGUUGAUUCAACAGGUUUUAGAAGAUCAAGAUAUUCAAAAAGCUAUGGUCUCAUCCCUUCUCGACAGGGUUGAUGCAAAAAGUUGGAGUCUGAACCAAGAAAUAUCACUGAUUUCAACACAUUUAGCACGACUUAGUGUUAUUGAACAGGAAAAAAAGAAGAUGCAAAUUGCAUUUAAUUAUAAUGAGCUACUAACCCAGAGGUUAAAGUUGGUGGACUUUUUAGAUGAUCUCUUGGACCAGAGAAAUAAACACAGGAAGCAAUUAAUUAACACUUUGAAGGAAGCAGAAAGUGAAAACAAUAUCCCGAAUGACUUUUGGUUAAAAAGUUAUCAAAAACUCCUAGAUUCUGCCCCUAAAUCUUUAUUUAAUGUUGGAAAGCUAGAUCCUAUUUUUGCAAAUUAUCUCUUGCAAGAAGGAGUUAUUCAUUGUUUGCCCUUCUUGGCAAAGUCUCUUAUAUGUGGUGAGUCUUUAUUAAAUAUAAGUCAUGAGAGUUUGAAAGAGAGGGGAGUAUCUUUGAGUUCAGAUAGGGAGAGUAUUUUAAGAGCUUUAAAAUUGUAUGUGGAAGAGAAAAGUCAAAAUAAUGUUGAAUCCAAUAGUUUACCAUUAAGUCCUAGUGCCCCUCCUUCAGAACAGGUACAAAAUUGUUCAGGUAUUUUGAAUGUGGAUGAAAAAGAAAGCUCAAAUGUAGAGGGUGAAUGUGUUAUAUGUAUGGAUGCAAAGUCUGGAGUUGUUUUUGUACCAUGUGGUCACAUGUGUUGCUGCCAAUCAUGCGCACAAAAUGAAUUAGAAGGCUGCCCGAUGUGUAGAACAAUGAUAGAAAGGACAAUUAGAGUCAUUUUAUCCUAGUUAUAUAAAUAUAAGUAAGAUAUUACAUACACCAUAUUAUUUAUAAACAAAAUAAAUUUAUAUUUCCUAAUUAAGAUUUGCACCUAUGGUGUAUGACUGGUAAUUUAAUUAUUUAAAAUACAUAAUGGAAUUCUUAUUAUUUCAUAAGACAACUAUAGCUUAAUCUGAUCACAGGAGGAAUAUAACAACUUUGACAUUGAAGUGACAUUACGAUGUAAAAUAUUCGUGAAUUUGUUUUGUUGAUAAUUGAAGUGGAUAUAAGUAGUUCACUGAAACAGUUUUUUUUUAUAAAUAAAUAUAUUAUUAAUCAAGAACUGUUCCUAGUGCAUAAUAUAUCUAUUAACAAAUUAUAUUGCUUAUGUAAAUCAAAGACUUGUUUAUCUCUACUCCUACGAUUGGGCUAUAUGUGAUGUGAGAUAAUCCAGAGAUUAUAAUCCAAGCAAUAACUUGUAUUGUGAUAUAUUUAUCAAUAAAAUUAUUUCAAAAACCUCAUUACUACAACAUUUAACCAACAUGUCAAAUUAACUUCAAACCAGAGUUACAAGUGUUUUUUACUUUAAUAUCAAAAACUGAUAUCUAUACAUAAUGAAAAGAUGCUAGUAUUUUCUUGAUUUGUUUAACUGUUCUUAAAAUGUUAUGAAAUUUUAAGGACUAUGUAACAUAUUAUUUUUAUCAUGUACUGAAUCAUUAAAUUACAUUUAAAUUCGGAAAAAAUAUGACCCAGAAAAUAAUCUUGAAUUAAAUUUAUUAUUCUGUCAAAUCUACUGCCUUUAUAUCUAUUAAGCUUUUUAGUGUAUUGCCAAACUAGUUUUGAAUAGUCGUAAUAAUAAUAAAAGAUAUUUAGAACAAGCAAAGUUGCUUUGUCAUUAAGUUACAUUUAAAUAUAUUUGAAAUGGGUUUGAAUCUAACAUAAUACUUGAAUAUGACUAAGGAAGCUAGUCAUAGGUAAUGAUAGUGAUAUAUUCUAAGUCUGAUGUUUUCAUUGUUGUCAUAAAUCUAUUUAUUAUAAGUAUUUCAUAUUUGAAAAUACUAGUGCCUUGUAAGUGUUGUUUUUUUUUGUAAACCAUCAAAAUAAUAACUUUUAAUGUGACAUAUCUGUAUUCCAUUAUUGUUGUUAUAUGUAAUUAUGGUAUUCACAUCAAAUAUAAAUUAAAAGCUGUGAUUAUUAUGUUUCAAAAUAUUAAAUGAUACUUCAUUCCCGUUAGUGGAAUUAACUAC